UCAUGACGACGUCACGGGUCAAUAACACACGCGUGAGCUGUUAGCUCGCUGCUCUGCCAACAACAGCUAACCCAACUAGUAACAGGUCCUGGUUCUUCUCAGAGGUUCUGCAGGCUUCCUGGUCACCUGAGUUCAGCUGCACUGUUUCUCAUGUGCCGCAGCAGGUGACACGAUGCAGCCUGCAGCUGUCAGCGGUGAGCCGGGCUUCGAGCCUCUGGUGGUGCUGGAGCUGGCCUCAGACAUCAAGGAGGAAGCGGUGGUGUGGCUGCUGAGCAGGAUCAGAGACCCACAGCAGAACGGAGGAGCCGAGCUGCUGGUGGAGCAUCUGGGGCCUGGAGUGAGACCUCAGGAAAAGGAAAACCCCAACUUGUUCCUGGUGGGGGCCUCCUGGCAGAGGUUACUGUCUGGUGCUGAAGACCUGGGUCUGUUUAAGGAGUACAGCGACGGGUCCAUGAGAGGCUUCACCUGCUCCAACAAACACAACUUCAAAGACUUUACAGGUGAUGGGGACAGCUUCCUCAGCAUGGCUGAGUGUCAGCACAUCAUCAAACACGAGCUGGACACGCUGCGAGCCAGAGAGGAAACCCACGUUCCAGGAUACCCCCAGGCUAAACUCUACCCCGGGAAGUCUAUCAUACGCAGGCUGCAGUCUAAGAGGAUCCUGAUCCAGAUGUUCCCGCUGCACCAUAAGGAGGAGCUUAAGAGACUUUCCUUUUCUUGGUAUCAGAAAGUCCGCUUGUCUCUCCAGCCUCUGGACAGCAUUAAACACUACUAUGGUGAGGGUCAGGCUCUCUACUUUGGCUUUCUUGAGUACUUCACCUUUGCCCUGGUGCCCAUGGCCUUGAUUGGAGUGCCUUACUACCUGUUUGACUGGGAGGAUUAUGAUAAAUAUGUCAUCUUCGCCGUUUUCAACCUGGUCUGGUGCACGGUUAUACUGGAGCUAUGGAAGAGACGCAGCGCCUCACUGGCCUACCAGUGGGGCACGUUGAGCAGGAAACAGGCCUUUGAAGAACCCCGCCCUGGGUUUCACGGUGUCCUUGGAUUCAACCCUGUAACCGGCCGUGAGGAGCCCCUCUACUCCAAUGCCAAGCGGCAGCUACGCAUUUACCUGGUGUCCCUGCCCUUCGUCCUACUCUGCCUCUACCUGUCCCUCUACGUCAUGAUGGUCUACUUCCUGUUGGAGGGAUGGGUGCUGUCCAUCCAUGAUGAGAACCCCACCUUCUGGACAGGAGUGCUCCUGUUCAUCCCCAGCGUCGCCUAUGCUGUGGUCAUAGAGGCGAUGAACCUCAUCUACAGAUACGCUGCAGAGUUCCUCACAGAGUGGGAAAAUCAUCGUCUGGAGUCAUCGUACCAGAAUCACCUGGUCCUCAAAGUGUUGGUGUACAACUUCUUCAACUGCUUUGCCUCCUUGUUCUACAUCGCCUUUGUCAUGCAGGACAUGGUGCUGCUCAGGCAGAGCCUGGCCACGUUGCUGAUCACCAGUCAGAUCUUAAACCAGUUCAUGGAGGCAUUCUUGCCCUACUGGCUUCAGAGGAGACGCAACAAGAAGAUGGUUCGCAAAGUUCAGGGGAGAAGAGUUCUUGAGGACAAAGCGCUUCCUCUGGCAGAGCAGGUGCGGCUGGAGGCCGACAUGAGCACGUACCUGGGCACGUUUGAUGACUACCUGGAGCUGUUCCUGUUGUUUGGUUACGUCAGCCUGUUCUCCUGCGUCUACCCUCUGGCUGCGGUCUUGGUGGUGUUGAACAACAUCACCGAGGUUUACUCUGAUGCCUUCAAGAUGUGUCACGUGUUCAAAAGACCCUUCGCUGACCCGGCUGCUAACAUCGGAGUCUGGCAGCUCGCCUUUGAGGCCAUGAGUGUGAUCGCUGUCGUCACCAACUGUGCUCUGAUCGGCAUGUCUCCACAAGUCAGAGCGUACUUCCCCCACUCGGAGACCCAGCUCAUACUGUGGACGGUGGCUGUUGAGCACGGACUGCUGGCUCUCAAGUUCAUCCUGACCUUCCUCAUCCCAGAUGUUCCCAAACACAUCCAGAUCAAACUGGCCCGCAUCGAGUUUGAAUCUCUGGAGGCCCUGAAGAAAAAGAAAAUGCUGGAAGCCUCUGAGCCGAGUAAGACGGUCCUGUGCUGAGUCCACCUCAGAACGUCAUCGUCCUCCUGCUUCUGCUGCUGUUUUAUUUGAUUUUAAUGCACUGGUUCUGUUGGGUUCAUGUGUGGUGGCUAAACGGGCCGAGUGUUCAAGCCAAACCGGGAUGCUGCAAACAUAAGUUACUGUAAGAAGUUGGUGUCUAACCUUCGGGUUGUGUGGCCGCACCAGGAAAUCAGCUUUAAUCUCAUGGAGACUUACUAAUGGGUUCUCCUCCCUCUGUGUGGGCGGGGCCUGUGACCUGAGCGUGAUGUCAGUGAAGACCUCUGCAGGGUUGGAACUACACACUCCUUAAACACCUGCGUGCCUUGAAGCAUAAUCCAACACUUGUUUUCUAUAAUCUAAGCUGUUUCAGUUAAAAUAUCAGGAAUGUGCAACAGGACCUUAAAUAAAGCCCUGGAACAGGAA